AUGGACCCUCGUUCGCACCCGUCGAGACCUCCCUCCACCAGCUUGCCCCAGGGCUCCACGCCGCUGUCCUCCACCCCCAUCUCCAGUAUGCCCAUGCCGCAGUACACCAUGCAGCCUCAUUAUCCUGUGUCUCAACCUCAGACAUUGCCGCCGCUGCAGCCGCAUCACAGCCAGUCUCCGGCUCCUCACUCUUACAUGGGCCAGCCGCCGUACCGUCCCGACCUGUCUAGGUUCCCGGCGUCCUCCACCCACGAUGUCUACGCGUCUUCCACCGCGCCUAUCAUGCCGCACACCACCGCCGUUGGCAGCCUGCCUCCUUCGUCUUUCCUCUCCCACCCCAAUCCUCAGGCUCAGCAGGCUCAGCAGCCGUCGCAACACUAUCCCCCGCCGCAUAGCGUGCUGCCUCCGGCCUCUUCUGCCCAGAGCUAUCCUCAGCCAAUUGCUCCGGCACCCCCGCGCGAUCGCCGUACAGACUAUUCCGGCCUCCCCUCGGGCGCUUUCAGCUACCCGGAUGGCAAGACUACCACUCCCUGGGUGAACCAGGACCCCGUGGCUACUGCCAAUGGUGGCUCACCUUACGCCCCUAAGGAUUCCCCGCGCACCCAGGUGGUUGGUUCUCAGGGUCGUCGUGGUAUCCUCCCCAGCGUUCCUGGACGGGCCACUCCUGUCGCCAAUGGCGUUAAUGGGGCUGCUAAAAACACUACGAUUCCCGCCAAGGAUGCCGAUGGGAAAUUCCCUUGCCCUCACUGCAACAAGACUUACUUGCACGCCAAGCACCUCAAGCGUCAUCUGUUGAGACACACGGGUGAUCGUCCGUACAUGUGUGUGCUUUGCCGGGACACGUUCUCGCGCAGUGACAUUUUGAAGCGUCACUUCCAGAAAUGUUCUUUGCGACGCGGUAACCCCACGGGUGCCACUCACUUGUCGCACCCCCAGGCCCAUUUGAAGCGGUCGCAGGCCGCCAAUGCCACCAAACCUAUUCAGGAUGAAGUCAGUACUACCGCCCCGACCCCCACCACGGGCGUUGCAGGUACGACAUUCGGCGGGGGUGCUCCUGCUGCCGCUGGCGUCGCCGCAGCCUCCGUGAAUGGCCACGGGCUGGCUAACACGGGCCACCCCGCAACGGGAUUUCCGGAACAGCAGCCGCCUCAACAACCGCAACCGCAGCAGCAGCAGCAGCAGCAGCAACCGCAGCCACCUCUGGGCUUUACGAUGUCGUCGGUCAACGGGAUGAACCAUGGUCCUACGGAAGACGCGUUCCCCGCUGGUCAACCGCAUCGGGCUUGGAUGGCUGCCCCCAAGCAGAAUCCGUACCUCAUGCAGCCUGGUCCCAAUCCUUCCAUCAGCCAGCAGCUGAAUGUUGACCGUCAUUCCUUUGAGCAGGUAAAUCCCCCGAUCGCCCAUGAUCCUAACAAGCGCCCGGUACUGCCGGGUGCCACUCAUACUGGCGAAAUUGACUGGACCUCAAUGUUUCAGCCCGGUACCUCCGAUGGUUACAUGAACCCCGUUUUCCCCCAGUCCAUGGCAUCCGGCCAGGACUCGAUUCACGCCCAUGUUGAUGCCGAACGCAAGUACUAUCCCGCCACCACUGGCCCUCAGGAGGGCGCUGGUAUGAAUGGUCUUUAUCUGGCCUCGACCACUUUGAGCGGUGAUGGUACGCCUUUCUUUCCAUAA